AUGUCCUUUAUCAGUAACGAGAUCCUGCUUCUCGUCGCAGACAAUAUCGCUCAUCAAGAAGACUACUUCCGGCUGCUGCGCGUGUGUCGUCGUUGGCAUGAGUUGCUUUUCCUGAGAGCCUACAGACGUAUCUCAGUGAGCGAGGAUCAAAUAUACCCUCUUGUUUGUUGCAUCUACAGCAAUUCCAAAAUUGGCGCUGCGAUCCAGGAACUGAAUCUCUGGUGGGUCUUAAAAGGGCCGAAGAUUGAGUAUGAUGUGGAAAUGGUCAAGGACGCGGUCCAACGAGCCUGCGACUCGCCAGCAGACUGCAAAAAGUGGAUAGACCGGCUGCGGCAGGGGAACUCGGAUGCAUGGUUAGCUGUGCUGGUACAGUCACUUGAAGCGGUGACUGUCCUAUGCUUGGAUUUCUCCAUAAGGUCGUCUUAUUUCAUUCCCAUGCUGGGGAGAGCGGCCACUCGCGAUCCACCAUUCGACACGAAGCCGGUACUGCAGCGUCUUAAAUGCAUAACCUUAAAGACUGAAGACAACAAAACGGCUUUCGACGCGUCGAAUUUUCUCCCGCUGUUCCAGCUGCCCGAGAUGCGGGUGUUCUCGGCCCAUGCGCUGACCGAUGCUUACGAGUCCUUUGCGGUCUAUCCGAACCCCGGAACAUCGGGGAUCAGGGAGCUCCGUCUGGGCGGUACCAUAACACGAUGCAAUGGCAGCAAAGGCUUUGCCAACUACAUAACAGCUUGUGCUAAUCUAGAAAUCCUGGAAUAUCAGCAUGACAACGUGGCUAUCUGGAGUCAAUACUCCGGAAGUUUUCAAUCCGGUGCAUUCUACACCGCGCUCCUGACUCAGAAACACAGCCUGCGCGGUCUUAAGCUGAAUGACAACGGAGAAAACACGACUGAGAACUGUGACAACGACUCUGAUGACUCUGAUGACUGCUUCAAUCAGUUUGGAUCACUAGCCGAGUUUCACCAGCUCACAGAGCUCCGCAUCCCAGUGCGGACAAUCCUUCAAUUUGGGCAUGGUGAUCGUCCAACAGUUCCUCUCCUUGACGUUCUCCCACCGAACCUGGAAUAUCUCCACUUGGCUGAUUACCACAAGGAAGACUCCGACGUGAUAGUGGCAAAUCUGAAAGACGUGGUCACGCAGCGAACAAAGAAGUUCUCAAAUCUCACGAAAAUCCGUCUCCAGUCGUCCGAACUGGAACACAUUCCCCAAAUUCCACGAGGAUGGAGGCUUGAAGUUCCUACACAUUACAAACAGACCUUUGCGCUGCUUCAAGAAAUCUGUCGAGAGGUGGGAAUUGAGUUCUGUCUAUGCAAGCCAGGAUGGGCGGCAGUGGAUGACUAG